CUUUUCAAUAUGUGCUAGAGUUUGUAAGUGACUUCGCUGCUUCUUCUUGGCAUGGUUGAAACUUAGGGUUUUCUGGUGAUUGUCGGUAAGGUAAUAAACUAUGCCUCCAACUGUGAGGGCUGUGGCCGUAAUGGCCAUAGUCACUUGCAGACGAGGAUCAUUCCACUGCAUGUCAACAAGGAAACAGAAGAGAUUCACACCUUGGUAGUUGUUAGGCUGUGACUUGUUAUGGCGGUCACCGCUGAAUACCAUUCUGGAAAUGUGCUCAUUCAGUUCCCGCCGACCUUUACUGGUAGCUUGCUUGUUCGGCCGUUGGAAUUUCCGUUCGUUCCUGCAUUCUGCAACAUGUCGUCUCACGAUAACAUUAGGCAGGCUUUAAUUUCUAACUUGUUCUCACUUGAUUCUGGAGGUGGAGGGGAAACUCUUUUGGUUCAUCUAAAGGUGUUCGAAGAUGUCAAGCAAACAUCUAAAUCACAAUCUUCUGAUGGCCGCCAGGCUUCCAAUAUUAUGGGAAAAGCAAGAUUCCUUUGUCUAACACAAAAAAGAAAUAAAAUCCGACUCUACAAAGUCAAGCGUACAUCAACAGGAUUCUCGAUAGGCAAAGCUUGGCCUAUAGAAGAUGUGAAAAGCAUCCAACACAUCGACAACAACCAAUUCUGUAUGACCUUGAACAAGGCCUACACCUGGGCAGUCGAACGACCCAAGGAAAAGAUGACUUUCUUGGCUUAUGUUGUUGAUACAAGUCAGAGAUAUGCUGGUCGCAUCCCGCGCCUGAUUAAUGUUGAUGAGGCUAGAUUGCAAAGAUAUAUGCCGAGCAUAGCAGGAGGUGGCACUUCUGGACCAUCACCAACACCAUCUGGAUCGAAUUCUGCCUCAUACAGUGACAAUGGCAUGGUAUAUUCUCCUCAGGCCCGAGAAGGAGCGAGAUCGCCUUCUUCUCCCCGAUAUUCAACACACGAGCAAGUUUUCAGUACUUCUCCACCGCCUAUGGCACCAAUGGUUGCCAAAGCUCGAGCACCGCCGCAACACGCCGUAGCCGAGACUGUUCAAAACUACCACGAACCGCCUAGGCGUCCACGAGAAAUGCAAAAUAAUUACAAUGAGCCCAUGGACGAGAGAGAGAGAUGGAGAAGAGAAAGAGAAAGAGAGAGUCAGACUUAUCGUGAACCUUCUGAAUCAAGCCAGCCUGCAUCACGAUACCCUCCUACUAAUGGCGAUGACAGAGCAGCGGCCGCCGUUCAGCGCAGCCUUUCUCCCGGCCCUUCUCCUGUUGUAGCACUUCAGCAGCCUCCUGCUGCGAGAAACAACCCAGCAGCUCCUCCGCCAAGAUCUAAGGAAAGAGAGAGACAAGAACGGCAAGAACGUGCGAUGGAAAGAGAAGAGCAACGUGAAAAGUCGAAGAAAGAAAAGCAAGCCCUAGAAGAGAAAGAAAAGCAAAAGCACAUGGCAGAGCAGCGGGAGAGGAUGGUGGAACAAUCGUCUUUGAUGAACGUUGAAGAGAUGCUGACUGAUUUUAACUGGAAAACCAGCGGUAAUGCAGCAGCAUUGGAAAGGCGACUUCUCGGAGAACUUUCAGCUUUGGAAGCGGCCAACGUGCAUGCUAUUAUCGAAUCUGAUGAACGUGUUGCCAAUGUUGUUGGUCAAAUCGACAAAGCUCUUGAGGAACUAGAGAGUAUGGAAAAUUGGUUGCUGCUUUAUGCAGCGGAACUGAAUAGUAUGGGUGAUGAUAUUCAUCAAAUUGAGUGGCAGAAUCGUGGUCUUCAAGUUCAAACCGCAAAUCAGCGAAGUUUGAUCAAUGAAUUACAGGAUCUUCUGUCGUCCGUACGCGUAUCCGAGAAUGUGCUUCAGACGCUUAGAAAUUGCCCAAUGGAUAAUGUCAAGGACAUUAACACCGUUCAGGAUGCAGCGGCAGACCUUCAAAGAGUUCUGAAAAUAAAGAUGGAGGAUGGCCUUCAGACGAUGAAGGCCGUGCAAGAACGUAUUCAGGAAUACAACGUAUACAGCAAUGCGUUCACCAAUCGUACAUACGAUCAUCUUAGAGCGACCAUUCAGACCCAGACCGACAUUUUGUUUGAGACGAGAUCUCGCAGCUCUCCAGCCACAACCCGUAAAUCCAAUCUCGUUAUCAUUACCCCUCAUACGACUCUGGAGGAUGCGAUAUUCAAAUACCAAGGAUUAGCCUUAUGGAUGAAAGAAAUGGAUCCACGGCGCUACAAUGAACUGCAAACGCUGUAUUCGCAAGGCCUUAUCAGACCCUGUAAGCGGGAUAUAAAGGAUGUCAUGGACUCCACACGUCAAUAUUUUGCAGCUAUCCGCAAUCGUAAUACCGACGAUUUAGACUUUUUGUUUCGAGCCGAUGAUUCUCGACCUGUUCGUGCAUUAGGUUAUACAAGCGGGCGAUCGACCGAUGACUCGAGAGCGCAUAGAUACCGUAACAUGUUAAGAGGUUCAGUUGAAGGUGUCAUUGGUAGUGGAUCCAAUAGUCGAGAGAGCGUUGAUGAAGACGAGAGGAUUGCCAGCGAAGCGUUUUCGCAUAUGAUGGGUCAAAUUGUAUCCCUAGUUGUGCGAGAACAAAACUUUAUGCGCGACCUCUUUCAACUGUCUCACGAUGCGCCAAAAACGUUUCAAGAACGCGGCCCUGUCUACUCUGUUGUGCCCGAUAAAGAUACCCUAUACAUCAGACGUGAGAAGAUGAAGGACGUCAAGGUGUCGAAGCGAGUCCUCGACCUCAUGGACACCAUGUUCGAUGGCUUGCAGGCUGAACUACUUGGGUUUAUAGAAUACGGUACAAGAGGGUCAGAUCAAGAAUUUGGUAUCAACAUGCUGGAUUUCUUGAGCACUCGACUUGAAAAGAUGUUUGAAAGAUUCAUUGAGGACCAAUUGCGAGCUAUCGAAGAAACAAAGGUUACAUCCAAGAAGCGUCGUGGCAUUUUAUCUUUUAUUCGCACUUUCCCGCUGUUUGCUGUGCGUUUGGAAGUUGCUGGCUCAUCGAUGCAACCUAAUUCCAAAGUAAGAACCCUCGUCAAUCAAGCGUACGAGCGCGUAGUCAAUGGAAUGGUUUCCAGUCUGGACGCCAUUGCAAGAGAGUCUGAUUUGGCUGGAGAUGACAAAGAGCAACUGAAUGCCCAUGUUAUGAUUGUUGAGAACAUGCACCACUUUUACCACGAGCUGCGAGCACAUAAAAUUCAAGUAUUGGAUCGAUGGGUCAAACAUGCAAAGACUCAGUAUGAAAGCAAUCUCAACCAGUACAUCAAAGUCGUCAUUCGAAGACCACUAGGAAGGCUAUUGGAAUUUUUCGAAGGUGUUGAAAGUAUGAUGAAGACGUCGACGCCAGAGGAAGUAGGAUUCCAUAUGAAUUAUAACAAGGUCCAACUUCGCAAAGUGAUUGCUCAAUACCCAGCCAAAGAAGUCAAAAAAUCACUGGAGCAGUUGUACAAGCGUGUUGAUAAGCAUUUCUCAGAGGAAGAAGGACUAUUGCAGGUCGUGUGGAGAGGCAUUCAAGAAGAAUUUAUUCGCCAGCAUGAGAAAAUGGAAGAUUUGAUUCGCCAAUGUUACCCUGACGCUAACGUCAGCUUGGAAUUCACUAUCCAAGACCUGCUAGCUAUGAUGAGUGAACUUGCACGAAAAGUUAACCUGUAGAGACUAAUAUGAAAGAACAUGUAAAACUACUAUCUAAUAAAACACUAGUUCAGCUCACAACAACGGUAGCUUUUCAU